AUGGCCUCGGACGAAAUUGUUUGGCAGGUUAUCAACCAGCAGUUCUGUUCAUUCAAACUCAAGACCACAAAAGAACAAAACUUCUGUCGCAACGAACACAACGUUACUGGUCUUUGCAACCGUCAAUCAUGUCCUCUUGCCAACUCUCGUUAUGCCACCAUCCGCGCCGACCCGCAAACACAGCGCCUAUACCUCUACAUCAAGACUAUCGAACGCGCACACAUGCCCAGCAAAUGGUGGGAGAAGAUUCGUCUCAGCAGCAACUACUCCAAAGCCCUCGAACAAGUCGACGAGCGACUCAAGUACUGGCCCAAAUUCCUGGUUCACAAGAACAAGCAACGUCUUACUCGUUUGACUCAAGUUAGAGUUCGCAUGCAAAAGCUGGCCCGUGAAGAGGAGAGACUUGGAGAACAGAUGGUGCCCAGACUUGCUCCCAAGAUUCGCAGGAGAGAACAGACACGUGAGCGCAAGGCAGAGUCUGCCGCUAAGAUCGAGCGCGCUAUCGAGAGAGAACUGGUUGAGAGACUGAGAAGCGGUGCUUAUGGUGAGCAACCUCUCAACGUCGACGAGAACAUCUGGAAGCGCGUCAUGCGCACUCUUGAGCGCGGUGGUGAGGCCACUCGUGAUGAGGAUCUCGACGAGGGUAUCGAUGAAGAUGAGGAGGAAUACGAGUACGAGCAAGAAGAGGAGGGUCCCGAUGUCGAAUAUGUCAGCGAUGUUGAAGAGAGUGACGACGACAUGGACGACCUGGAAGACUGGCUCGGCAGCGAACAAGAAGCCGACUCGGACGAAGACGAAGAAGACGAGGAGGAUGAGGACGACGAGAGCGGAUCCGAAGCAGACGACAAAGAGCUGGCCAAGAAGCUUGCAGACCUCAAGAAGAGAAAGAGACCCGCUCCGGACACAAAAUCAAAGAAGAAGGCAGGCUCGAAGGGUCCCAAGAGGGAGAUCGAGUACGAGUACGAACGCCCUGCCAGGGAGAUGGUUAUUGCAAAGUAA